GUGGCCGAGCCGCGGGGAGCGGGCACCGGGCGCAGCACCGGGCGCACCCGCACCAGCGCCAUGGAGGCCGUGGGUCGCUAGGAGGAGCAUGGCGUGGACCGCUUUGGUCGUGGGCUCCCUGGCGGGGCUCAUGGCCGCCUCGGUGACCGCGCUGGAGGACAGCGGCUACUGCAGCCUGUGUCCGGACCACACCAUGUGCCAGUUCAGGGAGCCAGCGAACCGGUGCCGCAGUUUCUACAGCCGCGACCUCACCUGGGCGGAGCGCAAGUCGGCCGUCCACGCGCACAACAUCCUCCGCAACCGGGUGGCCGCCGGCGAGGAGUUCCGCGGCCGCUACGCCCAGCCGCAGCCCUCGGCCGCCAACAUGCGCAAGCUAGUCUGGGACGACGAGCUAGCCGCGAUAGCCCGCCGUUGGGCGUCGCAGUGCGUCUUCGCUCAGGACUCGUGCCGCACUAGCGCGGACGGCUCGCGCGUGGCGCAGAACAUCUACAUGCAGAUGGUGGCGCCGAACGCCCCGCAGCCAUCCAACGUGAGCGUGGCCGGCGCGGUGGCCACGUGGUACUCCGAGGUGGCUGACUUCGACGGCCGGACCGCGGGGCAGCCCUACGCGUACAACGGCCCCGCCUGGCACUACACCCUGCUGACCUGGGCGCGCACCACCCGCGUGGGCUGCGGCUUCGCGGACUUCGCGGCGCAGAGCCCCGGCCAGAUCCCCGUGCUGGCGCGCCUCGUCGUGUGCAACUACAAGGAGGCCGGCAACGAGCUGGGCGUGCCGCUGUACGCACCGGGCCCGCCGCUGUCGCAGUGCGAGGUGACCUCGCUCGCCCUGCCGCCGCCCGCCGCGCCCCCGGCCCUGCCCGCCGUCGUGCAGCCCGUAGUGCAGGUGGGCGCGGCGCCGCCCUCGGAGCCGGACCCGGCCUGGGACCCGGACUCGUGGGUGUCGACGCUGGACGACCAGGACGCGGGCCGGGCGGCCCGGGGGCCGACCAGGAGCGCCGCGGGUCGGGCGGUCCUGAAGGGUCGCCUCGCCCCCGCCCCCGCCUCUGGGCGCAGUAGUAGUACGGAUGACGACGCGGACGUGGACGGGCUCCUGUACCCGGCCCUCUGCUCGGUCACCCCGUGACAAGAACCGGCCGUUAUUUAGGGGGAAAGCAAUAACACGAUUCGUUUUGAUUGCGUGA